GGCAACACUGUGCCUAGUCGCCAUAAACGAAGAGCUGUCAGAAUCUUGUGAUUUUGUGUGAAAAGGUGCCGGGAAAAAUCCGUGAAUAUCUUGUUAAUCCUUUGUUAAUUUUACGGCAAAAUAUCAAAAAUGGUUCAAGCAAGUGCUGCAGGAGAUUCCAAACCGCGUAGUGUUGUGUACAAAGAUAAGAGCAAACCGGCCGAUGUACGCCUCAGCAACAUUAAUGCAGCCAAAGCUGUUAGCGAUGCGAUUCGUACAAGUUUGGGACCCAGAGGGAUGGAUAAAAUGAUCCAGUCCAGUAAUGGGGAAGUCACAAUCACUAAUGAUGGUGCCACAAUUCUAAAACAAAUGAAUGUCAUUCAUCCUGCUGCAAAAAUGUUGGUAGAACUUUCGCGGGCACAAGAUAUUGAGGCCGGUGAUGGUACCACCACUGUUGUGGUAAUUGCUGGAGCUCUUCUUCAGGCCGCCGAGAAACUUCUCAGUCGCGGCAUUCACCCAACUGCUAUCUCAGAAUCUUUCCAAAGGGCAGCCACACAUGCGGUUGAGAUUCUCACCAAUAUUUCGACUCCAAUCCAAUUGGAUAACCGCGAACAACUCGUCCGCAGCGCAUCCACCUCUCUCAACUCGAAAGUUGUAUCUCAGCAGUCGAAUCAGCUGGCUCCUUUGGCUGUUGAUGCUGUUUUCAAAGUGAUGCAGCCUGGUCAGGACAGCACUGUUGAUCUGAGCAAUAUCAAAGUCAUCAAACAAUUGGGUGGUACCACCGAAGAUACCGAACUAAUCGACGGUCUGGUAUUCCCACACAAAACAGCGAAUGUUAAUGGCCCCAAACGCAUCGAAAAGGCGAAGAUUGGUUUCAUCCAAUUCUGUAUUUCGGCACCAAAGACCGACAUGGAUCACAAUGUGAUUGUGUCUGACUACGCCGCCAUGGAUCGCGUUCUUAAAGAAGAGAGGACUUACAUUUUGAACAUCGUAAAACAAAUCAAGAAGGCUGGUUGCAAUGUUUUACUGAUUCAAAAAUCGAUCUUGCGCGAUGCUGUUUCUGACCUUGCAUUGCAUUUCCUGGAUAAAAUUAAAGUCAUGGUUGUGAAGGAUGUCGAACGCGAAGACGUCGAAUUCGUUUGUAAGUCUUUGGGUUGCAGACCGAUUGCUUCUUUGGAUCACUUCACCGCUGAGAAUUUGGUUUCUGCCGAACUGGCUGAGGAAAUUGGUAUUGGUUCAACUCGAAUGGUUAAAAUUACAGGAGCACAAUCCGCUGGUAAAACCGUGACACUUUUGGUUCGCGGAUCGAAUAAAUUGGUUUUGGAAGAAGCCGAUCGUUCCAUUCAUGAUGCUCUGUGUGUCAUCAGAUGUUUGGUUCGUAAGAAGGCAUUGAUUGCCGGCGGUGGUGCUCCUGAGAUCGAGCUCGCCUUGAAACUGUACGCAUUGGCAGACAAAAUGGAAGGUUUGGAUGCGGUUUGUUUAAAAGCUUAUGCCAAUGCGUUGGAAGUAGUUCCGUAUACUUUGGCCGAAAACGCCGGGCUUAACGCUAUCCAGACCGUCACGGAAUUGCGCAGCAGACACGAUAAGGGAGAAACAUCCGCUGGUAUUAAUGUGCGUAAAGGAACUAUUACAGACAUUUUGGAAGAGAAUGUGGUGCAGCCUCUGCUAGUUUCAAUUAGCGCUAUUAAUUUAGCCACUGAAACAGUCAGAUCCAUCUUAAAAAUUGAUGAUAUUGUAAACACGAUGACAUAAAUCCUCACUACUGCACUUUGAAAUAAGCUUUAUAAAGUAAUUUAUAACAUUCGCAUAAUUCGUUCUUCAUUUUUGAUGUGUAUUGCAUUCUACCACGAUCAAACAAUAAAAUAAUAAAAUCUAUGUAUUUCAA